AUGAUAUUACUAGCAUCCUCACAACAACAAAUUACAAAUACAAUAAGAAAUAAAUACCCAUUCUCGAAGAAAAUACUAUGGGAACCAUUGCACGGACCUAAUAAAACGUCGAAUCACACCAAUCAACCAGAUGUCUACGUAGCCCAAUUAACGCUAAAUAAAGAAACGUAUGCUGACACAGGCGGAUCAACACUUGUAGCAAAAGUCUAUUUCGUUAAUUUCCCAGCCACUGAAGUUAUCGAGCGCAGUCGAUUUGUUAAAGACGAGAAAAUUUACGUUUUCGAGUUUAAAAGUGGUCAGUCUUUUCAUUUUUCGAUGACAUGCGAAGAGUUGGUUAAGAAGAUGAAGAGAGUCCCGUUGAAAAUCGGUGUUUUUAGGGUGGACGAUAAUUUUCCUAUUUGUUACAUUUUCACACAUCUCAGUGGCUGUGCUUGCGACUUGGGCUCAUUAGGUAUUGAUAAUCCGGUACCUUACAUAUUUAGAGGACCAUUUGAACUGGUAGAUCCUGGUAACAACUUUGCUGGCCAAUUAGAUCUGGAUAUUACUGUCUCAAAUUUGGGAAGAAGCCUCGUAACCUCAUAUGCUCUGGCGCCCAAUUGCUUCGUCUUCAAAAACGACCCCGAGGGACGAGAGUUUAAAUGCAACAGUAAAGAAAAGACGAAAUUACCCGAAGAAAUUCACACACCAUUCGGAGAUAAUUUACCAAACAUGGGAAACCGCAUGAUGGACUAUCUAUUGGACACGGUUUCACCAGGGAAUCUGAUAAGAGAUAUCGUUGGAAUUUCUCCCGUGGCUGAUACACUUGCUCUAGGAAGUCCACCGCCUAAACCACCACGCCCACCCCUCGUGGAUCCAACAUUGUCCACACGUCGCAGAACAGGCAGAAGAAGUAGAAGAAAGUGA